AUGAAUGGACUGAGAAUUGUAGCAAAAGCCCAGCCAGCUCGUCAAACAAUCAUAUUUUUACAUGGAUUAGGCGAUACUGGUUCAGGGUGGGGAUUUUUAGCUCAGUAUUUACAACAGCGAGACCCUGCCGCUUUCCAGCACACUAACUUUGUGUUCCCUAAUGCUCCGGAAAUCCGUGUAACAGCAAACGGCGGUGCAUUGAUGCCUGCUUGGUUUGACAUCUUAGAAUGGGACUCCAACUUUUCCAAAGUCGACAGCGAUGGUUUUAUGACUUCUUUAGAUGCCAUUGAAAAGACAGUUAAACAGGAAAUUGACAAGGGGAUUAAACCAGAACAUAUUAUUAUUGGGGGGUUCUCUCAAGGAGCCGCAUUAGCCUUGGCAACAUCUGUGACCUUACCAUGGAAGAUUGGCGGCAUUGUGGCUCUUUCGGGAUUCUGUUCCGUUCCAGGUAUCCUAAAACAACACAAAAAUAGUCUCAAUGUAAGAACACCGGUUUUCCAUGGACAUGGUGACAUGGAUCCCGUGGUUCCCAUAUCUCUAGGUUUGAAGGCCAAACAGUUCUACCAAGAUAGCUGUGGCAUACAGGACUAUGAAUUCAAGGUAUAUAACGGUAUGACUCAUUCCACAGUCCCUGAAGAACUGGAGGAUUUGACAGCUUUCAUCAAGAAGUGUCUAUCUUCAUAG